AUGUUGUUUAAACGGAUCAUCGAAGGAAAGUCGGUGUUGAACGCCGAGGUUAAAAAGGAUAAGUCUCCAGAGAAAUGUUCUAGAAGGAAAUCGGAAUGCGACGGUUGUGGAGAACACUCCACUAUUCUGGAGGAACUGAUGAAGAUGGUACUGCUCGGCGUCGUGCUAUGGGCGGGAGUGACUUUCGGGAGUCAUGUUGCUCCUUACCCUUUGAAUUUGAUUGUUACUACAGAAUUCUACCAUCCACCUCCGAUGUACGACUUCCCUUUUCCAAGUGCUCAAAUGCUCAAGAGACUGCCGCCUAUAACAUCAGCUAACACCAACAAGUCGAUCAGUAUUAGCAAGAUGACGGUGGCGAUGCUUGAACGCUUGGAAGAGAACUUGGAGGUGUCAGGGAUAAAGCCGAAACAAGGUUCCGCAGCGCAGGGUCUCGCGAUAAGCGGGUAUCCUUCUAAUGACGCCAUGAAAUACGAAAAGUCAUCUAUGACCAUCACGAAAGCUUCUCAAAAUCUUGUUUGGACUCGUUGCACAAGAUACGGUUUGGCGAAUGACGAGUGUGCGAGCUUCAUAAGUACUCUAAACUUGCGCGAGAGUGAAUUUGGUGGCGAGUGUGCUCAGUUAGAAAGGUUUACGUGUCGCACAAACAAGAUGUCAUCUCGUUACCGCACUUUCGACGGUUCCUGUAAUAACCCUGUGCGUUCUUCAUGGGGCCAGGCUCUUACUGGCUACAAACGGCUCCUUCAUCCAAGAUAUGCAGAUGGUAUAGAGGAGCCGCGUAAAGCCUUGAGUCACAAGGAUUUGCCCUCAGCUCGUCUUGUUAGCACUAGGCUGGCUGAUAAUUUGGAUGUGCCCAAUGAAAAGAAGACCAUAGCGUUGGCUGUCUGGAGUCAGUUCGUCUAUCACGACCUGGUUCAUACUCCAAUAAGGAAAACAAUUCAUACGGACCAAACCAUCAGAUGUUGCGACACCUCUGGCCUGCAUCUCACUCCGCGAUACCUGCAUCCCAGCUGUAUGCCUAUUUCAGUGCCCGAUCAAGAUCCAGUUUUCAAAGAGAAGUACGUCACCUGUAUGGAGUACACGAGGUCGGUGACAACUUACAGAGGAGAUUGCACCUUCGGAGCUGCGGAACAGAUGAACCAAGCUACGCAUUUUCUGGACGGAUCCCACAUCUACGGUUCAAACAGUCGUGAUGCAGCCGCCUUAAGGGAAAAGACUGGUGGCCUGCUGAAGACAUCCAAUAUUGAUGACGAGGAGUUGUUGCCCUUGGUAGCAAACCCAUCAGAAAAGUGCCUCGUUAAUCGCAAUGACGCUGCUUGCUUUAACACGGGAGACGUCCGUGCCAACAUGCACCCAUGGCUGACUGCGAUCCAUGCCCUGUUCGUUCGGGAGCAUAACCGUAUAGCCAGAAACCUAGCUAACCUAAACCCUGGCUGGAAUUCAGACAAAUUGUACCACGAAGCCAGAAGAAUCGUGGUGGCUGAACUUCAACAUAUUACUUAUAAAUACUGGCUGCCUGCUCUUACUGGAAAAGUAAUCGACGAGUUGUAUGACAGUUAUGAUGUGGGUUAUAAUUCUGAUGUGGACCCCACCAUAACCAACUCAUUCGCUACUGUGGCUUUCCACUUCGUGAACAGCCUCCUCGACCAAGAUAUAGAGCUUCUUGAUGAGAACGACAAUGUGACGUUACACCGCUUAAAACACUCUUACUUCAAGCCAGAACUAAUUGCUAGAAAGGGGGGUUUGGAAAAGGUGCUCAGGGGCAUGAUCAGUCAAAAGGCACAGGACUUGGACUUCAAUUAUGAUGAUGAUCUACGUAACCACUGGUUGGGUGGUCUCGACGUAUUGGCAGUGGACGUUCAGCGUGGAAGAGACCACGGUCUACCUGGCUAUGCGCAGUACCGUAGUUUGUGCGGCCUCCCCGUUGCAACCAGCUUCUCUCAUCUCACUGACGUCAUUCCUCAAGAAACUGUGGAGAAAUUGUCCCAAGUAUACGAGCAAGUUGGCGAUAUAGAUCUCGUAGUUGGAGUGAUGGCCGAGACACCGCUACCUGGCUCCUUGAUAGGACAGACUGCGACGUGUUUCCUACGUGAACAGCUAUGGCGAACACGUUCAGGCGACCGUUACUUCUACUCACACACGCACGAGGCAGGUAGCUUCUCAAAACGUCAGAUGGCGGAAAUCAAACGAGCAUCCCUUGGACGUCUUAUGUGCGAUAAUCUGGAGAUAACUGCUAUACAACGAGACGUAUUCCAGCCUCCUAGCGACAGCAACUCCCUUGUAUCCUGUCAUGAGAUAAAGAAAAUAAACCUUGAAGCAUGGCAAGACCCGUCGGAACAACCAGACAUUCUCACACGCACCAAUACCUGGCUCAAAAACAAAGUUGCCAGCUCAAACUCCACUAAGUAG